CAAUUCCCCGUCCGCACCGGUCGAUCCAUCCAUCCUUCGAUCGCCCACACCUCCGUCGCCUCCAUCCAGGCCGGAGAUAAAUUCUCAUUCCUGGGCCGAUCGCCGCCGCCGCCGCUUAGCUCCUUCUCUGUGCAGCUGUGGUGGUGGUGUCGCGGUAAAACAAGACUGCUGCUCGAAGAGAGAUUAUUCGAGAGCGCACGCAGCAGGCGAGAAGAAGUUUCCAAGAGAAGAGAAGCCUAGAGGGAGGGAGGGGGAGAGAUGGGGGAGGGCAGAGCAGGAGACGGCCUCAUCAAGCUGUUCGGCAAGACCAUCCCCGUGCCGGAGACGCCCGCCGCGGGCGACGCUGCCAAGGACAUCCAACAAAGCGGCAGCAGCGGCACGACUGAUCUGAAGGGGCAAGAGAACACCCUUCAGGAUUCCACAGGCUCGCCUCCGCAGCAGGAGGUUGCGGACACUGAAGACUCGUCGGCUGCCAAGAACUCCUCGGCAGACAAACAGCAGGGCGAGGCGGCCAACCAGAAGGAGAAGCUCAAGAAGCCUGACAAGAUCCUGCCUUGCCCCCGGUGCAACAGCAUGGACACCAAGUUCUGCUACUAUAACAACUACAACAUCAACCAGCCACGCCACUUCUGCAAGAACUGCCAGAGGUACUGGACUGCUGGCGGUGCCAUGCGCAACGUCCCUGUGGGUGCAGGCCGGCGCAAGAGCAAGAGCGCGUCAGCUGCUUCCCACUUCCUUCAGAGGGUCAGGGCCGCUUUGCCCAUGGAUCCCCUCUGCACUGCAGCCAAGACGAAUGGCACGGUGCUCAGCUUCGGCUCAGACAUGUCCAGCUUAGACCUCACAGAGCAGAUGAAGCACCUGAAGGAGAAGCUCAUCCCAAUAGCGGGGAUCAAGAACGGCGAUGAACGUUCAGUUGGCUCUUGCACUGAAGGACCUGCGAAGGCAGAAGACUCAAACCAAAAGGAGAAUGUUACAGCAGAGAAAUCUGCAAAACUUGUUCAGCAUCCAUGCAUGAACGGGGUGGCCAUGUGGCCAUUUAGCUGUGCACCACCACCUGCCUGUUACACCCCAGGCAGCAUAGCAAUUCCGUUCUACCCAGCACCUGCUGCCUACUGGGGCUGCAUGGUUCCAGGAGCUUGGAAUGCCCCAUGGCCGCCUCAGUCCCCGUCCGAGACAGGUUCGACCCUUAGCACUGCUUCACCAGCAUCCACGAAGUCCAAUUGCUUCACACCAGGAAAGCGCCCUAGAGACUGCAACGAGGAAGGAGAUACCAAAGGAAAUGGCAAGGUGUGGGUGCCAAAGACGAUCCGAAUCGAUGACGUGGAUGAGGUGGCUAGGAGUUCUAUCUUGUCGCUAAUCGGGAUCAAUGGCGACAAGGCAGGCAAAGAUGGCAAAGGGUGCAAGCUUGCAAGGGUUUUUGAGCAGAAAGAAGAGGCAAGGACGGCAACUCACUCAGUCAUCAAUGGCUUGCCAUUCUUGCAGGGGAACCCAGCUGCGCUCUCACGGUCAUUGACCUUCCAGGAGGGAUCUUGAGCAUCAUAUGAACCUCAAUUCUGUGAAGACAAGCCGUUUAGCGCGGCACAGCUGAAAUUUUGUACAUUAGAGGAUUGUAAUCUAGGUGUGGGCAAUGGAGGGGUGUAUAACAUAGCUCAUAGCUGCAAGCGGACCUUGAAACUAUACAAUAGAUAUUUGUAGAUAGCAAUAUAUAUGGGUCGGGGUCGGGGAAGGAUAAGGAGAGCAAGUUUCCUUAUUUGUGGAUAAUAAAUAAUAUUAUAAAGAUUGGAAUAUUUGGUUGCAAAAUUGUUUUUCA